AUGAAAAAGCUCCAACAGCUGCAAGAGAAGACGAUCCAGGAGCUGCAGACCACGACACAGGAGCUGCAGGAGGAGCUGGAUGAAGCAGAGAAAUAUCACAUCGUAGAUGCAGUUGAAAACAUAAAGAAUGUAGGGGAACUUGCAGAGACCAAAAUCCAACUGAAGAAGUCUGAAGCCGAGAAUAAGGCUCUAAAGACUAGUCUGCAGCAGGCUGACAGGGACGCAGAAACCAAGGACCAAACUGUGGCCUAG